CACUCUGCACGCCAUGUCCCAGAACUCCUUUGAGCGCACAGCCCGGGAACGCGAAGCGCUAUCCUGGAUAAAAAAAAUCGCUGGACUGCCAGCGAAAUCGCGGAAAGCCCAGUGGAAGUGGCAAGCACGAUUCCGUAGCGCCCUCAGCUCCCGAGCACCCUGGGCUCGCAGUGCUCGUUGACAGUUUGAAACAGUCGCUGACUAGCGGAGAAUUUAGCGAUGUGCAGUUCACAGUCGGACGCCAGCUUGGAGAAACCAGGACUUUUCACGUACAUAAGUAUAUUUUAUGCCUACGCAGUCCGGUAUUUCGUGCCAUGUUCCAUGGAGCCCUUGCUGAGAAUUCGGAUAAGAAUAUCGACAUUCCGGACGAUUCGCCCGAUGCGUUUUCCAAUGUGCUGAAUUUUCUGUACAUGGAUUCGCUGGAGAAUCUGACCGUGGACAACGUCUGUCAGACGCUGAUGUGCGCGGACAAAUACGAUCUGCCACUGCUCGUCCGAAAAUGCUCCGACUUCGUCAGCGCCCAGCUUGGCAGGGAUAACUGUUUGAACAUCCUACAGACUGCAGUUGAGUGUCAUUCUGAAAUCAAUAUUAGACUCUGUCUGGAAUUUAUCGAUCACACCGGUGACAGUGUCAUCUUCACGGAACCAUUUCCCUUCCUUGCACUGACGAUACUCGUGAUGAUUCUGCAGCGUGAUACACUGUCCGCCCCGGUGUUCAGUAUCUAUAUGACUGUCGAAAGAUGGGCGCAGGAGGCAUGCAAAAUGUCCAAGCUCGAUUUUACUGGCGCCAACCAGCGUCUGCUGCUGGGCGACGCAUUGUUCCUGGUCCGGUUUCCCUUGUUGAGUAGCACCCAACUGGCAGACGGGCCUGCACAGAGUGGCUUACUGCUGCCGUCGGAGGUGCAGGAUCUAUACCAGUACAGAUUCGCUCAGAAGAAACCUUCGCUUUCCUUCCCCACAAAACCUCGGCAGUCGGCUGCCUACCGCGUCGGAAAGACCGUGUUCCAGCACGGGGAGCAGGUGUGCGUCAAGGAACGAACGCGUGGACAAAUUUGGAAUCCCAUGGUGAUUGUGGGAGUACAGUGUUUUAGCUACGGGUUCCAGUUCCAGUAGGCGCCUCCCCGCGCCACCGAUAGCCCUGACCAAUAUAGCACGGCUAUGGGCAUGGACAUUGUACGCACCGCUGACGUCCUGAAGUUCGGCCAGGCGGUGAUGGCGUCUAUCGCCAAUACCGAGCGGAAGUGCAUUUACCGCAGCAAACUGCGUGCGCAGCAUGAGGUUGCAAUCCGCGAUGUACAGCAUUUUGUCUACUUCAGGGAUCUAACCAUCGCCACAGCGGAACUGAAAUUAAAAACCAACCAAAACGUGUGAUCCCCCAAUGGAAAAUCGUCUCUGGCCUUUGCAUGUACAUGAAAAAUACUAUGUCGCUAACGUUUAUUACAAUUUGUUAUUUGGAGCUUGCGCUUGUAUUUGGAGCUUGCGCUGGUAGAUGUGCCACAGUACGAUAUGUUCUGAUUUUCUGGCAAUGUGGGUAGCUUUUUACCGAUUUGUUGUAAUUUCGAAUUUCACGUCUAUCGGGUGGUGGGACUAUAAGUCUAUAACCG